CGCGUCUCAUCUCCAACCUCUGAAUACAUCCAUCACGCCGCUCUAAUCCAAAAGCAGUGACUAAGACCCUCAGCCCUCCCUCUGCUUCCUCGUCCUCCAUAGCCAGCUUUACGCUACAUUCCCACAAUGACAUCUGCCUUAACCCGCUUCACCCUGAUCUUCUACACUCCCCCCUCGGCCCUCGCCGCGUGCAAAGCCGCCAUAUUCGCUGCAGGUGCAGGCCGCUACCCCGGGCCUGGGAACUACACCGAGUGCGCGUGGGUUGCAACAGGCACUGGGCAGUUCCGGCCUGGCGACACAGCGAAUCCGCAUAUCGGGAAGGUCGGGGCGCUAGAGGAGGUGGAGGAGGCGAGGGUGGAGACGCUGUGUAUUGGAGAGGAGGUUGUGAGGAGGGCGGUUGCGGCUUUGAAGGGAGCUCAUCCGUACGAGGAGCCGGCAUAUGCUGUCUAUAAGAUUGAAGACUUCUAAGCGGAGGGCCUGCAACCAUGACAUCUUGGUUAUCGAAACAUCUUUCAUCGACAGGGUUGCCCUGGUCCUCUCUAGGGUCUUCAUGAAGGUCUGCUGCGCCGUCUUUACGAAGCCUAAUUGGCAGAUUGCUUGACUGCUUUCUCCUCGCUCAAAGCUGUUUACGAAGAAAGCUAUGAUAGCGAUGAACGAGAUUACCUUGUUAUAGUAGCACGUCCAUACUUUCCUCUAGGCAUUGGACAAAAAUGAAGGUUCAAGCCUCGAAUCACGUGACAGGCUGGAUUGCUUAUACAGUACUCAACACUCGGAACCGU